ACUCUGACCGCCAACACGUCGAUUUUAGGUGCACCAGACCAAUGUCAUUAGCCGCGACGGCAACACUGACGACGGUCGCCCCGCGGCGUUGGCAACUUUAUACUUACUACUUUGCUCUCGCCAUCGGACUUAUCGCGUUUCGUGUCGAUUUUGAUCAGCGCCGCGUCUAUCGUUGGCCGUUCAUGCAAAUCUACGCCUGCACUUUAAAUGCGCUGAUCGUCAUCACUUUGCCAUUGUCGUACCCCAUCACCUUGACCUACUUAAAUAACCUCAACGAAAAUCAUUUGAUGAGAAUCGUAAACAUAUUCAAUACAAUACUGAUAUUUUCGAUUACCGCAUUGGCCAUCGUUUUUCGCUGGAAACGCGAGCAUACAAUCAUCGAAAUUCUAACGCGGAUGCUGGACUUAGAGCGCGAGUACUUUGAGAAGUGUGUGCCUGCUGUGGUGAAGCGCAAUUGCGAACAAUUCUACAGCAAUCGUUUACUUUGGAUAAAAUACUUCAGCAUCAUCACUCAAGGCAUCUACACUGCAUAUAACCUGUCGCUUUUAAUUCCCGAAAUUAAUCUCAUCUCGCUCCUCUAUAGCUCACACAUGCUCUGUUUAAUCAGCGUGAUUUUACACAUGAUCCUACAUUACUUCCUCGCGAUGUGGUAUGUGUGGCAGCGGUUUUGCUGGCUGAAUGUCCAACUGCGACGUAUUUUCAAUAUUCUUCAACUUUUGGCCCAUGAGCGCUAUAGCCGCUCUUUGCGCAGGCGCCUGAGGGGUCGCUUGGCGAGAGAGUUGAUUGAUGUGGCGCGCGUGCACCGCCAGCUCACAGGAUUCGCUGAGCGUCUGACCGACUGCUACCGAUUACAGAUAGUCGCUGUUCUAUUAAGCAAAAUCAUCAACAAUAUCUCGAUCGGUUAUUUGUGCUUGAAAUAUGGCAAUAACCCUUAUUUAAGGAGCCUAGGUGCAUUUAACCACACGUUCAGCAUUGUGGCAAUUAUGAUGACUCUAUCAGACUCAUUCUACUUGGACAUAAUCUGCGAUCGUGUGGCUGUUGCCGCCCGCGAAACGUCGGAGGUAUUAAAACGAUUUCACGAGCUGCUUAGAGUUGACGAUCCAGUUGACUAUGCGUGUGACUUGCUUUCCCAGCAUUUGCGCUUGUGCAAGCUAAGUAUUAGUGUGUUUGGCGUUAUCGGUGUGAAUAAGCGACUUUCCUUCCUAGUCUUCGGAGGAUUCGUGAAAAAUGUGUUGCUUCUAUUGCAGUGGGAUCUGGCAAAGCAGUUCGAUUAGAAGCAGAAUGACCUAA